AUGGCGGCGGCGAGCGGCGGCGGGCGGUGGUGGCGGGCCGCGGCGGGCCUAGCCCGGGCGGUGAGCACCGCCGGCGGCGGCCGAGCGGCGGCGGAGGAGGGACUGCGAGCCGAGGAGCUGGCGGAGCGGCUGCGGGCGCAGAGGAGCCAGGGGGAGAAGCGAGAGAGGCCCGGGGACCCAGCGCAGAGGCGGGUGCGGGAGCUGGCCGCCCUGAGCAAGCGGCUGCAGCAGGUUCACCCCAACGUCCUGGCCAAAGUGCUCAAGCAGGGGACCCUGUACCAGGACGAGGAGAUCGUGGCCAUCAACAAACCCUACGGCCUCCCCGUGCACGGUGGCCCUGGGAUCAAGAAUUCUAUUGCUGACGUGUUGCCGAUUUUGGCCAAGAUGUUGGAGAACAUGAAAGCCGAACCCCUUCACCUCUGCCACCGGCUGGACAAAGAGACCACGGGCGUGAUGGUGCUGGCGCGGAACAAGGAGGUGGCGGAGAGGAUCCGUCUUCUCUUCAAAACUCGUCAGGUGGAGAAGAUCUACUGGGCAAUUAGCCUGGGGGACCCAGACCCUGCUGAGGGCAUCGUGGAGAUCCCCAUUGUGGAGAAGGAGGUGCAGAGCCACCAGUCGCACUACAAGAUGACGCUGGCCCCCAACUAUCGCCUGUCUUUGGAGGAUGGGAAGGUGGUGAAAAUCCGCAAGAACCGCAAUGCUGAAAGCGCCGUGACGCGGUACCGCUGUCUGGCUAGCUCCUCCGCCUGCUCGCUGCUGGAGCUCCAGCCCAUCACGGGGGUGAAGCACCAGAUCCGGGUUCACCUGGCCUACGGGUUGGGGUGCCCCGUCCUGGGGGAUCACAAGUAUUCGCACUGGAGUAAGCUGGCACCCCAGAAGCUUCCUGAAAUCACCUUGAAGAGGCUAAAGCUGGAGCAGAGCAAGGCUCGCCACCUCCCCCUCCACCUCCACGCCCACCGGCUCUCCUUGCCCCUGGGCCGGCGGAUAGACCUCGUCUGCAAGCCGCCCCUCUUCUUCCAAAAGACUCUGAAGAAGCUGGACCUGGAUGUUGCUAACGAGUAACGAGGCAGGACCGUCUAUCUCUGCGCCUCCAGCGCAUGGCAGCGGUGGGUCUGGCUGCUCCGCGGCAGCGUCCGCCUUGGAGCCGGCGGUGCGAUGAAGUCCGCGGUCUCUGCCGCUUGCCAGAGACCUCCUGUGUCGGUACUGGCGUUGCUGGCUUCAAACCAGGUACCUGCGUGUGCUUCCUGCCCCGAUUUGGUGCAGAAGAGUGGUUGGGCGUGCUGAAGAACCUCUUGUUCGGACAAAUGGGGCUGUGUAGGAACUGGGUUUUGCCCGCUCCGUGUUUUGAACUUGUCUCUGAGCAAUAAAAGAUCCAGUUCCCGCUGA